UAACGUCACGUAUAUGAAGUGAAAAAUGAAAAGAUCUGAGCGUUAGAGUAGUAGGGAUUUGAUCUUCGCCGGAAUCCAAUAGAUCUGAGCUACCACCACCGGAGUCCGAUCCAACAGAUCCCCCGUGGAUCGGAUUCUUUCAUAUCGCUGGACCUUUUUUCCUUUUAUCACAAACCCAUUCAUUCAUUUUAGCUUCUCAAUAAGAGCUUCUGGUUCCUUUUUGCUUUGGAUUCGAGUUUCAGGUUUGAUUUGAAUUUGAAGGAGGGAAUAGUUCAUCUGCUGUAUCAACCAACAAAUCUUGCUCCACACCCAAAUAUGGGAAGCCAAGACAACAACAACGCGGCAUUGUCAUCUAAUUCAUUUCUGGCUGACAAAUCUGCUAAGGUUUUUGUUGCUGGUCACCGGGGUCUUGUUGGCUCAGCCAUUGUUCGCAAGCUGACCCAACUUGGGUUCACUAAUCUAAUCUUGUGUUCUCAUGCUGAGCUUGAUCUCACUCGCCAAUCUGAUGUUGAAGCCUUCUUUGCCUCUGAAAAGCCUGAAUUUGUCAUUGUAGCUGCAGCCAAAGUUGGUGGCAUCCAUGCCAACAACACCUACCCUGCUGAUUUCAUUUCCAUCAACCUCCAGAUCCAGACCAAUGUCAUCGAUUCUGCUUAUCGCCAUGGUGCUAAGAAGCUAUUGUUUUUGGGUUCCUCUUGCAUUUACCCCAAGUUUGCACCCCAACCUAUCCCAGAAGAUGCUUUGCUUACUGGCCCCUUAGAGCCCACAAAUGAAUGGUAUGCAAUCGCCAAGAUUGCUGGGAUCAAAAUGUGCCAGGCUUAUAGGAUUCAGUAUAAAUGGGAUGCAAUUUCAGGAAUGCCAACCAACUUAUAUGGACCAAAUGACAAUUUUCAUCCUGAAAAUUCGCAUGUUUUACCUGCUUUGAUGAGAAGGUUUCAUGAGGCAAAGGUCAAAUGUGCCAAGGAGGUGGUGGUGUGGGGUACAGGGAGUCCAUUGAGGGAGUUUUUGCACGUUGAGGAUUUGGCAGACGCGGUUGUCUUCAUGAUGGAGAAGUACAGUGGAUUGGAGCAUUUGAAUGUAGGGAGUGGAAAGGAGGUUACUAUUAAGGAAUUGGCUGAGUUGAUGAAGGAAGUGGUGGGAUUUGAAGGGGAUCUUGUUUGGGAUACUACUAAGCCUGAUGGGACUCCAAGAAAGCUGAUGGAUAGCUCCAAACUUGCAGGUUUGGGUUGGACACCAAAAAUCUCACUCAAGGAUGGGCUUGUUGACACCUACAAAUGGUACUUGGAGAAGGUCAAUCUGUGAUUCACCUGGUUAAGCAGAAUGUACCAUAUGAAAUUUAUAGGUACUUGUCAUUUCACUAUGAAGAUUUUUAUUUUUAUUUUUUUUUAAAUAAUUAUCCAAAGAACACUAUACGACCAAUUUUGGUAAUGUGUACCAAUUAUGUUGAAUGAAGAUUUCAGUGCUAUUUUGGUUUUUUGUA